CCCAAUCCCCGGCACCGACAUCUCUUUUUGCUGUGAGAGCUCAGGGCCGCCAUUCCUCCUCCCUUCCCCACCCCCUCUAUCGGAGGAGAGGCAGGGCUUCCGAGCAGCGACUGGCCGAUCCCUCAUCCCUUUCGUCCAAUGAGGAGCCUCCCUUCUCCUAGUGCGAAUAGCGCUGGAGGGGGAUCUCAGUCGCGCUGCUGGGAGGAGGGGGUGGAGGUGGAGGAGGAAGGCCGUCCUACCCCCAGCUCCUCCGACCGAGUCUGUCACACACCGGGAUACGGGGGGCCCCGCAGGGGUUGCUGUCGCUCGGGGAAGAUGGCGAUCACAGCGGAUAGUACCGGAAGGAUGGGAUUUCUGAUACUUAGGAUGGUGCUCAGAUUUGCCUUCAUGGUCGUCAACAACAUGGUUGCUAUUCCGUCCUAUGUAUUAUAUUUAAUAGCUCUGCAGCCAGUCAGAGUUAUAGACAGAAAACUGUUCUGGUAUAUUGAAGGAGUCAUGUUUAAAUGGCUUUUAGCUAUGGUUGCAUCCUGGGGCUGGUACGCUGGGUAUACGGUUGUUGAAUGGGGAGAUAACGUCCAUUCGAUUUCAGAAGAUGAAGCUGUGAUGCUGGUGAACCAUCAAGCAACAGGAGAUGUCUGCACCCUCAUGAUGUGCCUUCAGGACAAGGGCACGGUUGUACGACAGAUGAUGUGGCUUAUGGACCAUAUAUUUAAAUAUACAAAUUUUGGUAUUGUGUCACUAGUACACGGCGAUUUCUUUAUUCGACAGGGCAAAGCCUACCGUGAUCAACAGCUCGUGUUACUGAAAGACCAUCUUGAGAAGUACUACAGAAGCCGGGAUCGUAAGUGGAUCAUUUUGUUCCCAGAAGGAGGCUUUCUCAGGAAACGAAGGGAAACCAGUCAGUUGUACGCCAAGAAAAAUAGCCUCCCGCAUCUGACCCAUGUUACCCUCCCGAGACUGGGAGCUACACAAGUCAUAUUGAAUACACUGCUUGCUCAGCAGGAAAAUGGAACCCCUACAGCAGGAAACACAGAGGUAAAAGAAAGAAAACAAAAAGGCCUGCAAUGGGUGAUAGAUGCCACCAUUGGAUACCCCAAUGCCCACCCUAUGGACAUCCAAACCUGGAUUCUGGGCUACAGGCAACCCACGGUCACACAUGUCUAUUACAGAAUCUACCCAAUCAAAGACGUGCCCAUGGAAACAGAAGCCCUGACAGAUUGGUUAUACCAACGAUUUGUUGAAAAGGAGGAUCUCUUGGCACAUUUCUAUGAAACAGGUGCUUUUCCCCCCCUGAAGGGCCAAAGCAAAGCCAGCUCAAGGGAGAUGGCCCUCAGCAACUCCUGGCUUUUCCUCGUACAGUCUCUGGCCUUCUUGUCAGGCUACAUGUGGUACUGCCUUCUCCAAUAUUUUUAUCGGUCUCUAUUUUAAAGCUGGGCGGAACUUAAGGACUCAAUAGUAGGAAGUUCCAGGCUCCUGCGAGAGAGCACCACGUUAUCUGUGUGAAUGUGAAUACGCCACAGUUGAGUAAAUAGCGGACUUUUUUUUUUUUUCUGGUUUUGUUUUGUUUCUAGAUAAUUUUAAAUUUUUGCUUUUUACAUCCUUACUGGGUCAGUUUUAAAUGAAGAAACCUAUGGAUCAGCGUCAGUGACUUGCUCGUUUUUAGGAAGCAGAAGAGACCAGGUCUUUUUGGAUCAUGAAGCGGAAAGCGUCUAAAGCUUUCGUUUUAGGCAGAGGACAUCUACAGUUGAUGUUACCAUUAGUAAAACUUACUGUAGGGGGGUGGGGACAGAAAACUCUCCAUAAUGGGUCAGAUAUCACAAAACAUGGCGGCGGUGUGUGUCAAGUGGGCGGAACCUGGCUGUACACGUAGAGAUGCACGGUGGAGCGGAUUGUCGCAUUUUGACAUUUACUUGGAAUACCGAGCAUCCAUAUCCACUCGUGUGCCCGGCGGGCUCCAGAAGCCAAUAUCACUAGCGCUGUUGCUGUUCCCGGAAGUCGUUAAUGUCGCUAAGAAAUCACGCAACCAAUUGAAAUGAGACGGGAAGCUCGUUGUCGUUUUUACGUUUACACACAGCACCUAGUUUACUUGUCUCCUGCUUCCUGAGGAUAAAUGUCAGCUCACUUGUCAAGAUUCAUCAUCAUCAUUGUUUUUUUUUUUUUUUUGUUAAUUUUGUAUGUAAAUUUUAACAGUGUAUUUUUAUUUCUUCUAAUUGCACUUUUUAAGACGUAGUUAAAAACUGUAGAGAAUUUUGUGCUAAAUCUUAAGCCCCAGAAACUGUCGGAUUUGCUGAUAGUGAGAGGAGGGUGAGACACCAUGCUGUGUGUCCUCUCUUACAAGGGUCUUUGACCUGCACUUUUCCAACUGAAUAGCAGUCGGGAUGGGAGCUGACAUUUAACAGUAACCGGGGGAGUAUAGGAUAGAGCUCACUGCCCUGUUACGUGGUUUAUUAUUCCACGCUGAGGGGCCACUGCCCUGUGAUCUGUUUGGAGAUCCCUGUCCUAUGUCCCAGGUAACAGCCACUGUCCUGAGACCUGGUUGGAGACCUUUGCCCUAUCACCCAGUUGACAGCCACUGCCAUCCAACCUUGUUGACUGCCCCAUGACUGAAAGUGGUGACAUGAAUAAUUCACAACAGUGCCGUAAGGCACAAAUGUUAAGAAUAUCGAAUGCCAAAUGUGAACGGCCGAGGUACAGAGCGACGAUCUAAUUUUUAGGCAAUGGGAUGUGUUUCUCUCGUGGGGGCAGAUAAAAUGUUGAGGGUGAGUGGUUAAGGGUGUGUUAGAGAGAGAACAUAAUGAUGAUAAAGCCAAACAUUGUGUAGAGCUGGUCCUACAUGAAAGGUUGAGCAGUUCAGAAACUCAAUUUUCUCCAUGUGUAGUUGGUGGUUAUUACAGACCAAAAUGCCAUUGGAUUGCAACCAGUACUGAAACUACAAAUUGGUCAUUGCCCAACCUGGAAGGGUGUGGGUUCUACUCACCAUGCAAUCAAAUCUGCUAGAUAAUUUGUUGAGUGUAGCUGGGUAUGUAUUGGUGUGGCCAGAUUGCAAUUAAGACCUCACUGCCAAACAGAUAGGAUUGCACAGGAAUUGGGUUCAGUUGGAAAAUGCGGGUUUAACAGAAUUUUUAUGAAAAUGGUGAGGUGCCUCUGUAAUGAUAUGAGAUGCUUCCCCACAAAAUAAGACUUCAAUGAGAUUGCACUGUGGACUAUUUGUUUUUGCACGUACGAGUGGGAGCUGCCGAUGCUGUUGUUAUUGUAGAUGUUCUCCCAUUUCCAGCACUACCAAAUCUGGAUCUAAAACUGUGGCCCAUAGAUAGGACGGCCCUGCCCAGUCCUCUGGAGAUUCCCUGACCCAGGAGAAACCAAUACACGGCUCCCAUAGGUAUACACGCAGGGCUAUGCUCCCACUCCUUAUGGCAGAGAUUCUCAAACUGUGAGACCAGCCCCCCCCCCCAGGUGGGCCCAAAUAAUUGGGGGUUUAGGGUGAGUGACUGCCGUGUACCCCAGGUACUACAGCUAAUGACUCUUCUAAUAAUGUUUCAUAACCUUGUUAUUGGGGAAAAUGCGCCUGAUGGCCUGAGACUGCAAAGGGGACCUGAACCCAACAAUCCUGGAAACCCCUUGGCAUCUUUUGUAGGAAAAAUUAAGUGUUUUCCCUGUGUAAUAUGGCACGCCAGACAAAUGGAACCUGUUAUGAUGUCCGCUCUUAUGGACCUGCUAUGGACGGAAGAAAGGGAAGAAUUUAUUUUUGUAACUAUUUGCUGUUGCCAGAGAGAUAUUGUCCUGUUAAUAUAUUUGAUGCACAUUUCUGGGUUCUUUUUUAAGCCUAGUAGGGACUCGGCACUGAUUCUGCAGCAAUGUCUGUGCGCCAGCCCUGAAUGGCAAGAGGGGAACGAGGAGCUCUAUGUAGUAAUAGGAACUAAGUCUGCUUCCAGGUCCAGGAACCAAUCCGCAUUUACGGAAGAAAGCAAACAGCUGAUUUAUUGCUAGACCUGGAUCGACCCCUGUGCCUAAUACUUCAUAGAGCCUUAGGAAAUAGGGGUUUAUUCCUUUAGGCCAGAUCUCAUCUCACUCUGUUGGUGAGGCCUGGAGCUGAGAGGCACUAUCCCCCAUCAUGCACGCACAGUAUAGCCAAGAACCUGAUAGAAUGUUUAAACAGACAUGAAACCGUCCGUUACUGAGAUUUUAAUGAGAGAUAUCUGAGAUGACUAUCCUGUAAAUGUAAAUAACUAUUUACUAAAUUAAUGCAUUUAUACACAAAAAAAACUGGAUUCUUUAGCCCCCUCCUUUAGCACUGAUUGUUUAGGCCUCAUUCUCACUCCUGGUCUGGCUGGACUGGCCUAUUGCUCUGAUUAAAUAAAAAGCAAUGAAACAAAGAUCAUCUCUGUAGACCAAACUGUCCCAUAUCUGCCCAGGUCCUGGCCUUGACAUGUCAACAUGGAUCCGGGCAUAGGAGAAGCUAGUUCUAGCAUGGAACUUGGUUGCAGUUUCCUUGUGAUUCCAAUAUUUGUUAAAUAAAACAUUAAAGCUCCACUGAGGUUGGAGUUGCUAGUGUGUACAAGCCCACUGACCUCAGUUCGUUUUACUUUUUGUCCGGUGCCAGUCCCAGUAAGUCACUAUGGUUAAUGAGGCCUACAUAUGUCUUUGUGGACUAAAGAGAAUGACAGUUUCACCCUAACCUACUUUCGUUCAACCGUUGUCAAACUACAACUGCCAACAUCCUUGAUGAGAUGUGAUGUUGUAGUUCUGCAACUGCCAGAAGACUGUACAUUGCAUUUCCCUGACAGACUUUUGUAAGCAAAAGAGCAAUUGAAGAAACCAGGUAUUUGCCAUAUGAAAAGAAUAAAGGAGAACUUUUUUUUUUUGUUUGUUUGUUUUUGUUUUUUUGCCAACCAUGAUUGUGUUAAUGGAUCGUAAGCCAAAUGCCAAUGUGUAUCUGAUCAUAUGUUUUGGAAGUGUGACCUACUCUUUUGUACUUAAGAAAUUAAAGACUUAUUGUACACAA